GAAUGCAUACAAAUCCCAAUGGACUGUCGACGGAGGAUAUGAAAAAAAUGAGGGAACGGAGACCUAUCCUGUCAGAGCCUAUUUGGCAGGAGCAGAUAAUGCUUUGGAUAUAACAUUUCAUCAAAAUGACAGUGAUUUAGACUACUUAUGCUUGGACGAUAUUCAAGGUUAUAGCAUACUACUUCACCAACCAUACAAGAUUCCUUUAGUGAAAAAACAAUAUUUUCAAGUUCCAUUCGACUCAGCUGUAGUAGCAGUUAUUCAACCAGAGUUGAUGACAACGUCAGCGGAUGUGAAGAAGUACAGUGCUUCCAAGAGGAAGUGCUAUUUCACCACAGAGAGGAAAUUGAAAUACUUCAAAUACUAUUCACCAUCCAACUGCAAAUUCGAGUGUUUGAUAAAUCAUACACUAGAGAGUUGUAAAUGUGUUAAAUUCCACAUGCCAAGAGAACCAAACACGCCCAUUUGUGGAAAUGGUAAUCAUCAAUGUCUGAGCUUUCAACAAUUGCAUUUGAAAGUUUUACAACUGAGGAAAAACAUCGGCAGCGAUCGAAAUGAUUUCUUUUGUCAGUGCAAACCGUUAUGUACCGAACUGACUUACAAUAUGGAACAAUCUCAGUCAGCGUGGGAGUAUAAAGAACAGUUCCGAGCUAAAGGAAUGACAGAAUAUGAUUUAGAUGGAUUACGGUUCGCGAAGUUGUCGAUUUUCUUCAAACAAGAAUCCUUCUUGACCUCUCAGAGAAACGAACUCUACGGCCCUACAGACUUUUUGGCUAACUUUGGCGGACUUCUGGGACUCUUCACCGGAUUUUCCUUGUUGUCGGCCGCUGAAAUCAUUUAUUUUCUGACAAUCAGGUUGUGCACCAAUUUUAGAAAGUACAGAGUGUGGACAGGAUCUUCGACUGACACUAAAUAGUCGAAUCAAAAAUUAACUAUCAUCAUGAAUCGUUUACCCUCUUUCUCCUAGUAAUGUGAUUUGAAAUCAUCAUCAAAUCGAAAAUAUGAGAACACUCCAGAAUUCUGAUUUAUAUCUCGGACUUCUAUAAUGGCGACCAUAAUAUCUCAGAAUUUUACAUCUAAUAUUCCGACCAAUGUUCCGGAUUUCCAAAAUUUCAAACGUCGUCGUGUUGGCAAUAUCAAUGAAUAUGCAGAAUAUUCUGGAGAAUAAUUCUUCUUCUCUCAUUUCCACAGUCUGUAUCUUGAAAUAGUUAUUUGUUUUACUA